AUGACUGAUGCGGAUGUCGCUCCCCCGUCGUCGCUAGAUGCCCUUGGUGUGGAGGAUCCUCGCCCGGCCCAAGAGCAGUCCACGAAACUGCAUUCGCCUCCCUUGAUCCCCCCGCCCUCGGAGCCAUCGCGUGCCAAGGUCGACAGAGAACAACAACAUGAUGCUAACCAAGACGACGUUCUAAGCACCAAGGCUGACUCGGAAGCUGAGACUAUCAUUCAGUCGGGCCGCGAGUCCCUGUCACCCGAGAAGCGGAGGAAACACAUCCAGCAUUUCCCGCGGAACGAUGUGGACAAGAAUGAGAAUGAUCAGCCGAAUCCCCCCGUCGAGAGGGAGACUUCUCCCAGUGUGAAAAAGCGUAAGCGCUCGUCGCAGGACGACUCUCCCGAUGACGGCCAGCCCGUGCCCAAGUCGAGUCCUCCUUCUCUCUCCAGACCGCCUUCACUGCCACCGGUUGUGAAAAAAGAAAUCACAGACGUACAACCUGUUUUGACUCGGCGCGACUCGGCCACCUCCACCACAGCGGAGCUGCCUGUCAAUGGAAUUCUAUCUGCCCGCAAGCGAAGUUUCAGCGAGAGUGUCAUUGAAGGCGAACUUACCGAUAACGAGCCCCCACCCCGGAGUCGUCAGAACUCGCACUCAACGACGCGCGACCGCCAACGACGAGAAAAGACACAACCUACCCCAAGCUCCCGAUCGAAAGAUCGCUCUUUAUCGCCACCAUUUCGUUCUCACAAAAGAGCCGCCUCAGGCCCGCAACAAGGCCUCGUCGAAACCCUGCACCGUAAGCGAAAGUUGCCGUCAACCUUGUUAACGAACCGCAGUCGCCAAAGUUCCGAGGAUCGUCAAUCUGUGUCAUCAUCCUCUUCCGGUGCCUCGCCCGUGCCCUCUUCGCAUUCCAGAAGGUUGACGUCCACUGAUGGCUCUGCUGCACUGUCUGGAAAGGUAGCAAACCACAAGAAACAGAGAGAUCAAAAUGGACGUACCCGACUCGCCCGGGCCUGUGCUGCUAACGAAUUCGACGCCGCAGUAGCAAGACAUGCAGAGCGCCCAGAGGACUUGAAUGUUCCUGACAACGCCGGAAAUACCCCUUUACAGAUUGCGUCUUUGGAAGGCUGUGCUCCGAUUGUGAAGUUUCUGUUGGGAGCUGGGUGUGAGAUCGACACAAAAAAUAUCGACAAGGACACGCCCCUCAUCGACGCCGUUGAAAAUGGUCAUCUCGAGGUCAUUAAGUUGUUGCUUGAUGCUGGUGCUAAUCCUCGAACCGUAAAUGCGGAAGGUGACGAGCCUUACGACUUGAUUCCAUCCGACACCGAAGGAUACGAUGAAAUCCGAAAGAUCAUAUCCCAGGCCAAAGCGAACCCGUCUCGCAAAAGACCGUCCGAAGACAACGGAGUUCGCUCCAGCUCUACCAAGGGCUCUGUUCCCCGAGCCAUCUCAGCAACGAGUCCCCGGGAUUCACCGCCUGCACAUUCAAUGAUGAGCCCGCCUCCCGGUGCAAGUACCGCCACCAGGCGCAAGACUGUCCGGAGUGAAGCUACGCGUAAUGAUCUUUUAUGGACCAAACCAACCCAGGAGAACCUGUGCAAUUUUGCCGCCAAAGGUGACAUGGCUGGUGUUGCGAAUGUUUUAAACGUCAUUCAAAAAGCCGACUCGGAAUCGUUGAUAGCCGCCGCCAAAGGUGGACAUGAGGAUGUCAUGUCUUUGUUGCUCGGUAUGGGCGAUGCAAACCCCGAUCCUGAACCAGUGCAAAAUCCCAACUGCCGGCCUGGAUACAACACGCCAAUGCUUGCAGCCAUCGGACGAGGCAACCUUGCAAUCAUCCGCCUGCUUUUGGACCAACGCGGUUUUAACCCAACUCGACGCCUGUAUCGUGGAUCUGCCUAUCACGAACUUGCGGCAGAUCGGAAAGGUGAGAAUUGGGAAGAGGAAGCUGCCAUUCUGAACAAGGCGUACGAGAAAUCCAAGAGCGCAAAGAAAUUGCGGAAGACCGAAACCAAGUCACCCAAGAGAUCGCGUGAACAAGAGAAAGAUACUGUCAGAAAAUCGCGACGAGACUCAUCCUCGCCCGUUGCUGCGCCGCGUCGGCCUGUUCGUAGCCCCAACUUGUCACGCCAUGGGGAUGUUAUUGCCAAGGAGAUUAGCAAGACGAAAGAUUCCUCUUCGCACACCAAAGAGAAGGUCAAUGGUACUUCACGACCAAAAGCCGUUGCCCGCGAGGAUCCUCGCAGCGAGCAUUCUGCCGAUCCGGAUCACCCAAAGUCGAAGAGAAACAUUUCUGAAAGGCGGAAAAGCGACGCUUCUUCGGUCAACCGUAGCGAGGAAGUUCCAAAGCGUCGACGACUCAUAGCCGGACGCCCUCCCCAAGAUCGAGACAAAAGGCGGCCUAGUUUGAUGUCUACCGAUUCUUUGUCUGGGCGUGAAGAGUUCUUGAAAGCCCAUGGCAGUGCGGCGAAGGAGACAAAUGACGCGAAAGAAAAAGAAAGUUCGAAAAUCAAGCUUAAAAGAACCCGAAACAGCCUUUCACCAGAACGAUCGCAUUCUCAGGGACCAGAAAAUGGGAAAGACUCGGAGGAGUACCAGAAAAAGAAGCGUCGCCUGCAGUCAGAAGAGAGUUCUCAUAAGCUUGCCAACGGCAUCCAGAAAAAAUCCCUCGAGAGCAUUUCCAGCAAGAAAGACCAACGCCCCCCUCACUCAGAGACAGACCGAAUCCAAAAAGACACCCCCCCCGAAAAACGUAGCUCAAGGCCCGCCGAUACCCCUGUCCCAGUCAAAAAGGAACAGAAGAAACAGGAUUCCCAGACUCUCGAUCGUAUACCAAUGGUCGAUUCACACUCGAAGGAGAAAGGCUCGUCGCUAAACGCAAAGGAAGCUUCAGAACAAGAUCCUGACACUCAGAUGACGCAGGAAGAAGAGGGGAAGAGAUCUUCUGCAGAUAUCGAGAACGAGCGGGUUGCCAAGGAAGAGGAAGAAAACCGCAAGGCAGCCGAACAAGCCAGGAUAGCUCGUGAAAAGGUGGAAGAGGAAGAAAGAAAAAGGAAAGAAGCCGAACAGCGCCGCAUCAAACAGGCUGAGGAGGACCGUCAACGAAGAGCCGAGCAGGAGCGGGCACGUCUAGCCAAACUUCGCAAGGAGCAGGAAGAACAAGAACAACGGCGGCGUGACGCGCUCCCGAGUAGGCUCCGGGUGGCUGCCAAUCUCGUGGGGGCAAACGAUCCCCGCGCUAAGAGCCAUGCUUGGUUGAAACAAUUUAUGCCGGUCGUAACCGCCAGAACCACGCAGCUGGACCCUUCAUGUGCAUCCGAAGUUGCUGAGGAGCUCUGGGUUCCUAACUUUUUGGUGGCACCGCUCCUCGCGACCAAUGAUUUACAACUAUCGCAGUACUCGAGCUGGGAAAAGCGACACGCUACGUACACACAGCGUCUAAAUCUAUGGCGAGUGACACGCAGAAUCUUGGUUCAAACUGAAGACCUCGACGCUGGCGACUGCUCAUUUGGGCAGGUGAUUCAGAGAGACGGGGAAACGCGACCAAAAUAUUUCGACAUGGAGCACGUCUUCUGGGUGAAGCUUUCUGAUUUUACGGAUUUGGUGCCGCAUAUUCCCCACCUCAACGGCCUAGAGCUCGAAUUCCUCAAGAUGCACAUUGACCACGAGCCUUCGUUUAUAACGAAUCACUUAUCCCGACCACAGGUGAACGGGAACGUGUUUCUCCCCGCCGAGCCAGCAAGUUCGGUGAACGGGCUGACCAACGGUUAUGGACACACGCAUCAUGGUACAUAUUCGGACGGAGAAGAGACUAUUUCCAACCCCCCCGUCGCCGAGGCCGAUGAGGUCGAAGUUUCGGCCGACGCUGGCUCCGGCGGCCAAAUGUCGGUUCUCGAUGCCCUCAAGGGUGUUUUGAAGAUCGCGCUCAUCCACGACGGUCUCGCCCGUGGUCUGCGUGAGGCUUCCAAGGCGCUCGACCGUCGCCAGGCGCACAUGUGCGUCCUCAACGAGAGUUGCGAGGAAGAGGCCUACAAGAAGCUUGUUGUUGCCCUGUGCUCCGAGCACAAGAUCCCUCUGAUCAAGGUUCCCGAUGGAAAGCUCCUUGGCGAGUGGGUUGGUCUUUGCCAGCUUGACCGUGAAGGAAACGCCCGCAAGGUUGUCAACUGCUCUUGCGUCGUCGUCCGUGACUGGGGUGAGGAGUCCCAGGAGCGCUCCAUUCUUCUCAACUACUUCCAGACCGAGCAGUAG